ACCCGAUCCUGCGAGUCUUUGCUUUCGAUUUCAGCCUUUCAGGUGCUACACAAACGGAUGGGAGUAUGUGGGCUCGUGGUAGGUAAGCGUAUAAGUUGAAAACCCACGGGCAGGGCCCUUUACUGGUGUAAAGAGACGCUUCUCUUUCCUCUGCCCGGCAUGAGAUUGUGCAAUUCUCGGAACCUUUAUUCCAGUAAUGGCCGCCCAGGUGUUUACACUCGCAUAUAGCACGAAUGUUGGUCGUUGGAACCGCUUGGUUUCUACAGGCCUUAUUCUACAACCUGUACACUACAUCUGUAGAUAUUCAGUAUUCAGGCACUACCGAGAUCCACGAUGCAGAUCAAGGAGAUCUGGUCCUGUUCCGGGUGAUGCCACCAGAUCCCGAUCUUGCAGGAUCGCUACUAGGUAGCCGACCUCAAGUCAUCGUCAGCUACUUUGACUUUUCGGGGGAGAAUCUACCAGAUAGCAGGAAAAUACCAGGAUCCUAACGCCGAACAGGCUACAUCAUCAUGAGAUAGUAACGAUCUACACUUUGGAGGAGGAGCCUUGUUGCAGAACAGGAG